UGCUCCUAUUGGUCGAGCUGAACGUCAGCUGCUGCUGCAGGGACGCACGUGCUGCUCGGCGCAUUACAGAUCAAGAUGGCAGCCUCCGUGUGUCGGUGCUACGAGCUGAUUGGCAGAAGUGCCUUGUCCCUCUGCUCUCGGUCUCUGGCCUCCUCGACAUGGCGAGGAGAUGCUUACAGGUUACCCAGGAGCCCAGCUGCAGCUGUGCAGGUGCGAUAUGCUUCAGGACGUAAAGGUUUUCUCGGGGAGUUUGUUGACAACCUUCGUCAGGAGUUCAGUAAGAAUCAGGAGAUGAAGGAAAACAUAAAGAAGUUCAGAGAAGAAGCCAAGAGGCUCGAGGAGUCUGAUGCGCUCCAGCAGGCCCGCCGGAAAUAUAAAUCUAUAGAGGCUGAGACAGUGAAGACGUCAGAGGUGUUUAAGAAGACUUUCGGCUCUCUGUCAGACACUGUCAAGGAGGGUCUUGAGGAGGUGAGUCGUACUGACAUCGGGAAGAAGAUCAAAGAAGGUGUGGAGGAGGCAGCCAAGACGGCCAUGCACUCUGCCGAGUCGGUCACCAAAGGAGGAGAAAAACUGGGCCGGACCAGCGCAUUCAGAGCCAUCUCACAGAGUGUGGAAACCAUGAAGAAGGAGAUCGACGUUGGUGACGCCGGACCUUACAGAGCUCCUUCUCAGCUGAGGAAGAGGAGCGAUUUUUCAUCUAAAGGAGCAGAGAGUGACACCAGAGUGUUUGAAGCCAAUGAGGAGGAUAUGGGUGUCGUUCUCCACAAGGAUUCUAAGUGGUACCAGCAGUGGAGGGACUUCAAGGACAAUAACGCAGUUUUUAACAGAUUCUUUGAGAUGAAAAUGAAAUAUGAUGAAAGUGACAACACCCUCAUCAGAGCAUCCAGAGCUGUAACUGACAGAGUCACUGGCUUUCUAGGUGGUCUUUUCUCUAAGACAGAGAUGUCUGAAGUGCUGACAGAGAUUGUGAAGGCAGAUCCCAACUUUGACAAAGAUUCUUUUCUCAAACAGUGUGAGAAAGAUAUCAUCCCUAACAUACUAGAGGCUAUGAUCCGUGGAGAGCUGGACGUAUUAAAGGACUGGUGCUAUGAAGCUACAUACAGUCAGCUGGCCCAUCCCAUCCAGCAGGCCAGAGCUCUGGGGCUUCUCUUCCAGUCUAAAAUCCUUGACAUUGACAACAUCGAUCUUGCGAUGGGUAAGAUGAUGGACCAGGGCCCGGUGCUGAUUAUCACCUUCCAGGCUCAAGUCGUCAUGGUGAUCCGCAGCCCCAAAGGAGAUAUUGUGGAGGGAGAUCCGGAGAAGGUGAUGAGGAUGAUGUAUGUCUGGGCGUUGUGUCGUGACCAGGAGGAGCUGAACCCCAACGCAGCCUGGAGACUCCUGGACAUCUCCGCCUCCAGCACAGAGCAGGUCCUCUAAAAGCAGGAGGAGGAACGCAGGUGAAAGGGUUCAUCUGGGACACACGAACUGAGGAGAAGGGCAAAAGAUACAAAGAUGUUCCUGGAAUACCUGCAAAACUUAUGUACAUUAACUUAAAAGAGCAGAGUGAAGCCCUGCUGCUGUGCCAGAGGCUGUAUUUGCACACACUCCAUUUCCCCCUCAGUACCCGGAGGAUGUAUGUGCAGAUGUAUCCGACCACCCCCCUGGCACGAAAACAUACACGCCCAUGGAGAUAAACUGUACCAUCUAUUCACUGAAAUCUGUGCUUCCAGUUGUGUGUGUAGUCUCUCGCACUGGUUAGCUCAGUGUUCGGAUUAACUGGAGUGUGAACAUAGCACUUAAACAUUAAUCUGGAUGGAGUGGAUGUAACCAACCUUUUCACCAAAUGGCAGGAGCCCGCAUCAUUUCAUCCAGUGGUACAUUCCACCCAUGCUAUCCAUGAGGCUCGUUUUUUCAAGAGAUUGUGUUAAAGAUGGUGGAAAAUAAGUGAACAUACCAUCUGUUGAUCUUUUGAGGGAUGUUUUGAAGCUUAAAUUGGGAUUAAUUCGCGCCAAUAUCUUUGUCAUAUAGCCAUAAACUUAAAAUGCAGACAGUGACAUGGAGUUUUAGACGGGAAGCAUAGCGUGAGCAGGAAUAGCAGCCUCAGUCGUUCAUCUGAGUUUAUACAGGAUGCAUUCAGGCACACUAAAUCCAAUGCACUGAAGGUACGUGUGUUAAAAGCAUAAAGAUAUUGUACAGUAUAGAGUAGAAGUCUUUUUUUCUGUCAGAUGUGCGUGAGACAGACAGCUGAAAAUGCCUCCUUUAGUAGUGUUCAACAAGCAGCAACUAGCCUAGCUGAGUAUGAUAGCGUGAGAAGACAUCACAGUUAAAGCAAACUGGCUCUAAAGCUUGUUUCAUUUUAUGCCUUAUUAUCCCCUCAAGGAGACCAUAAUUGCUAAGUUCAAAAUAAAAGCACAGAUAACAGAAGGUGAAAUAAGCCAUUUAGACUCUUUGUCGACAUUUAAAGAGUUUGUAUAUUUUAUGAUGAUUAGGUAAGUUGAAUUUUAUGAUACUUCAACACUAUUACAUGCAGCUGAGUUGAUGUCUACUUUGUUCCUGCUGGUUUUCAUAUAUUGAAAGCUAAAUAGAUGUAAGACAAGAUCAAGAUUUAAGCAUAGAAUGUAGGAUGUAAUGAUCUGUAUUCAGAGUCCGUCCUGCCACAUCUACAGUUGUGGAAAAUGCCCAGUGUACCACAACACAAAUCAAUCUAUUUGUACACUAAUCAGUCACAACAUAAAACCAUCUGACUAAUAUUGCGGAGGAUCUGGGGAGUUUAGAGGGCAAAUGAACGGCUUUGGCUCUUUGAUAUGUUCUUUGAGCACGUGUGUGGAUGGUAUGUGUCAUACAACAUCCAAAUGAAGGCGAGGACCAAAGGUUUCCCAGUGGAAAAUUGAAUUGUGACAAGAUGAUCAAUGUUAUUCACUUGACCUGUCAGUGGUUUUAAUGUUGUGACUGUUGGUUGUACAAGCCACUACAGUGUACACUUAUGUUUCUUUUUGUAUCUGCAAUACGUUUUGAAAAAAGCCUUUAAUUCAGACACGCAAGCUGUAGUGGAUUGUUCUCCCAAUCUGAAUCAGAGUUGCAUCAACAUGUUAAUAUAAGCUUAUAUCUCGUAAAUAUAUCGGAUGUUAAGGAUUACUUCUAUGUGGGACCAUGUUCAGUUAUGAUCAUAAAGGCAGCUUCAUUGUUUAAGGAUCAUUUGUCAUCUCACAUUACACUUUUUUCAGCUGUUUGUCUUAUUGAACUGUUUGGUUUACUUGUAUGCAUGUGGCUUUUCAAGAGAGGAUAUGGUGAAGAUGAAAACUUGAAUAUUUUGUUGACUGUAUUGACAGUUGUAUUCUGUGAACAUGUGGGCUUCAACUUGCUUCAAUGAAGACUGAACACAUUAUUUGUUGACAUUUUCAUUCAGUCGAACUCCUGAUGAAAGUCUUUAAGCUAAGAUCUGCGUGUUACCUCCAUGUGAAGAAGCUGACAACUUGUGCAUGUUUUUUUGUUUGUUUGUUUUCUUUGAAACACGACAUAUGCCAAACUGCCUGGUGGGAUGGUUUGUUACUGAUACUAAAACCUAUGAGUAUCCCUGAUCGCCACCCCAUGCUGUCUUUCUGUUUGUCAUGAGUCCUGGCUGUGCAGUCAGUCAAAUGUCUUGUGAGGUUAAAAGAAGCAUUCUUGUGUCACACAUGGGGGAAAGAAAACAAAACCCAUCAAUAAGGCCAACACUCACCAUAAAUGUGCACUUUCAAUUAGCUAAAACAAUAGUUGAAAGGGGUGUUGGGAUAUAGUAGUAAAGAUAAUAAAUGUUAAAUAUUGAUAUCAUGUUGAUAGUACACAUAUGAUAAUAUAAAUAAUUCAGUGCUAGUAAAUAUCUGGUUGACAUUCCACCAUAGGAACAAAAUGCAGUACAGUCAUGGUUCAGGACUCUCCACUUCCUGACACUCAUCAUUUGAGUGCAAGUUAUUUGCCAGAAAAGAGACAAAACACAAUAAACAAAGUUAAAGAUGA